AAAACAAAUUAAAAUAGCGACAAUUUGUCAGUCGCACCCUGUAUAUAGUUAACUGUUAACAGACGUAGCAGAGAACACCUUAAUACAAAGAUCACGUGAUUUUGAACAGCCAAUGGCCAGCUUUAUCCCAGCAGCAGUAGCUUGGCGGGCAGCUGUCAAAUUUAAAUGUAAGAAAUCUAUCUUCCCGUUUUAUCUUUCUUUGUCUAACGUUCCUUAUAUAAAGUGUGACACUACAACGCAACUUAUUCUUAAAGUGAUACAUUGUCAUGGCUCGUACUAAGCAAACAGCUCGUAAAUCUACCGGUGGAAAAGCUCCACGUAAGCAACUAGCUACCAAGGCAGCCAGGAAAAGUGCCCCAGCAACUGGAGGCGUUAAGAAACCUCAUCGUUAUAGGCCUGGUACCGUCGCUCUCCGUGAAAUCAGACGUUACCAAAAGUCCACUGAACUUCUCAUCAGAAAGCUUCCUUUCCAGCGACUUGUUCGUGAGAUCGCUCAGGAUUUCAAGACUGAUCUUCGAUUUCAGAGCUCGGCUGUGAUGGCUCUUCAAGAAGCGAGCGAGGCUUAUUUGGUGGGUCUAUUCGAAGAUACCAACUUGUGCGCCAUCCACGCUAAGAGAGUGACCAUUAUGCCUAAAGACAUUCAACUUGCUCGCCGAAUCCGUGGUGAGAGAGCUUAGGUUGCUAAUGUGAACAUCAUAAAAUGGCCCUUUUUAGGGCCCCCCCCCCUAGAUUAUUUUGAAAGUAUGCUAUUUGUUUGCCACUUACUUUUACUCAUUUGUUUUAAUAUGUAAUCUUGUAAAAAUUUUGCGGUGAUCUAUUCUUCGAUAUCUCAGUUUACACUGCAGUUUUUUUUCGAUAUUUUUCUUACUGUACAACAGCGAUUACUUUUUCUGAGUAAACCAUCUGAAGCGUAAGAUAUUCGA